AUGGCCCUUACGCUGUCCAUCGGACUUCUCAGUGGCCGAAGUACCCAGGUUUCUGUAGACUCGGAUGCCUCGGGCGCCGAGCUGCAGCGUCGAGCAGAGGCCGCACUGCGGACGGAGUUGGCCGGCUUGGUCACUGCUGCAGGAAACACCCUGACCGGGUCUGAGACUCUCAGACAGGCAGGUAUCCGUGAUGGCGAUGCGCUCAGUGCAGUCGCAGGAAAUGCCCCUGACAGCGUGCCCAGUGCGAGAUUCAUGUCGGCCUUUGCUCUGAUUCGUGGCGAUGGAAGCGUGGCUGCUUGGGGCGACAGAGCAUGCGGAGGUGACUGCAGCCCUGUCGUAGACGAACUCGUCGGCGUGACACAAAUCCAGACCUCGUCCUCUGCCUUUGCAGCCUUGCGCCGCGAUGGUGGGGUGGUUUCCUGGGGCAAUCCGAGGACCGGUGGAAACAGCAGUGCCGUGCACAAGCAGCUGGUCAAAGUGAAAGAGCUGCAUGCCUCUGCCUGUGCUUUUGCAGCAUUGCGAAAGGAUGGAAGUGUCGUCACCUGGGGCAUUGACCAGUCUGGAGGGAACAGUGCAAUGGUGCAAUCCCAGCUCGUGAACGUGAAGGAGAUGUGCUCGUCGACCUUCGCGUUUGCAGCCUUGCGGGAGGACGGUAGGGUGGUGACCUGGGGCUCUGCGAGUGUUGGUGGAGACAGCAGCUCUGUGCGAGAGCAGCUUAGCGACGUCCGGCAGCUUUUCGGUUUCGCCAACGGCUUCGCUGCCAUUCGGAUGGAUGGUCAGCCGGUUGUAUGGGGUGAUGUGCCAUCUGGCCGCGACGGCACGAAACUACAGCAAGAGCUCCGUGAAGUGCGCCGUAUGUACGCAACGGAUUCGGCUUGUGCGGCCCUUCGAGCAGAUGGACGUGUUAUCACCUGGGGCGCCCUGGGUCAAAGUGUUCCACACAGGCAUCUCCUUGGCAUCCGGCAAAUUUGCACCACUCGCUCGGCAUUUGCAGCUGUCCGAGAUGAUGGCAGUGUUGUCGCCUGGGGCCGUUCCGACGGAGGCGGAGACUGCAGACCUGUCCAGCAUCUGCUCUUCGAAGUGAAGCAGCUGGCAGCGACAGACUCGGCUUUCGCGGCGCUGCGGGCAGACGGCCACGUGAUUGCUUGGGGCGAUCCCAAAGGCGGUGGGGACUCUGUGCCCGUGAAGCAUCAGCUCCAAGGCAUUCGCCACGUCUACGCCACUUCUGCAGCAUUCUGCGCUCUCACGGUCGACGGUACCCUCGUAGCUUGGGGUGAUGCAGCGCGCGGUGGAGACCCAGACGCGGAGCUGCACAAUGUGGAGCAGAUUUUCGCUGCGUCGUCCGCCUUCGCAGCCUUACGGAGAGAUGGCUCUGUGGUGGCGUGGGGCGAAGCAAAGAACGGUGGCGACUGCAGCCUGUUGGCCUGCCGCGACUUGAUCCCCCUGCAUCUCAGCGGCGAGGUCUUCGCUCGGGUCUCACCGCUGGCACCGCAAGAUUGA